AUGGCUCAGCAGCAACUGCGGUUCGGGCGGCUCGGCUCCACAGCGGCUCAGGUGGCUCGGGCGGCUCGGGCGGGUCGGGCGGCUCGGCUCCUCAGCGGCUCAGGGGGCUCGGGCGACUCGUGCGGCUCGAGCGGCUCCGGCGGGUCGGGCGGCUCGGCUCCUCAGCAGCUCAGGCGGCUCGGGCGGCUCGGGCAGGUCGGGCAGCUCGGGCGGCUCGAGCGGCUCGGGCGGGUCGGGCAGCUCGGGUGGCGCGGGCGGUGUAGGGCCGUAGGGCCGCUGAGAGGCGGCGGGGCCGCGGAGAUGGGCGGCGGGGCCGCAGAGACGGGCGGCGGGGCCGAAGUGAGAGGCGGCGGGGCCGCGAAGACGGGCGGCGGGGCCGCUGAGACGGGCGGCGGGGCCGCAGUGAGAGGCGGCGGGGCCGCAGCGAGAGAGGCGGCGGGGCCGCGAAGACGGGCGGCGGGGCCGCUGAGACGGGCGGCGGGGCCGCAGGGAGAGGCGGCGGGGCCGCAGCUAGAGAGGCGGCGGGGCCGCGGAGACGGGCGGCGGGGCCGCAGAGACGGGCGGCGGGGCCGAAGUGAGAGGCGGCGGGGCCGCAGCGAGAGAGGCGGCGGGGCCGCGAAGACGGGCGGCGGGGCCGCUGAGACGGGCGGCGGGGCCGCAGUGAGAGGCGGCGGGGCCGCAGCGAGAGAGGCGGCGGGGCCGCGAAGACGGGCGGCUGGGCCGCUGAGACGGGUGGCGGGGCCGCCGUGA